AUGGAAUCGGACGAGGAGAUUCACGCCAUGGAGAUUCCGGAUAGGUUUCGCAUUCAAGCAUGUACACCAGCAGCUCUUGACAUUUCGUUACUGCAGCGUGGAGUACUCGUUGGGCUGGGCAUGGGGUGGUUUGGGGGGGUGAUCACUCGACAGUCUCAGGAGCGCACUCGCCACCUUUACGACUACCACAUGCAUCUCGACCUAGACCAAAGUACGCGCAGCAUGAAGCUGCCGUUGGAAAUGUACAGAGAAGAUCCGGAUGCGGUGGUGGGCUCGUGGAUCUUGCUUGAGAGGAGCACGGUCGAGCAGGUGGAUGGGGGCGGAAAUGCAGCCUCGUUGGGCGUUAGUAGAGCGGGAAGGGAAUAA